GCGGGCGCCGCGCCGGGAGCAGCUGUCUGGCUCCGGAAUCAUGACUGAAGAUGACGGAUUCCGUGGUGGUGGAGGGUCAUGUCAAAUUGAGAGAUGGAAAAAAGUGGAAGAAUAGGUGGCUGGUGCUGCGCAAACCCUCCCCGGUAGCAGAUUGUUUAGUCAUGUUGGUGUACAAGGAUAAAUCUGAGCGAGCCAAAGGACAUAAGGAGAGGAGCAGCGUGACCUUAGAAGACAUCUGUGGCCUGGAUCCUGGGCUCUCCUAUGAGGGCUUAAAUCACACACUUGCUAUUAUCUGUCUAUCUCAAGUCGUGAUGCUGGGAUUUGACAACAAGGAAACUAUGUAUGCGUGGGAUGUACGGAUUCGCUACAGUUUGGGGGAAGUUCAUAGGUUUCAUGUUGCUGUAGCACCUGGCACUAAACUAGAGAGUGGACCGGCUACUCUUCACUUCUGCAAUGACAUUCUAGUCCUUGUAAAAGACCUUCCACCCACAGUCAUGGGGCAAUGGAAGCUCUCAGAUUUGCGCAGAUAUGGAGCAGUCCCUAAUGGAUUCAUCUUUGAAGGGGGCACCAGGUGUGGCUUCUGGGCUGGUGUUUUUUUCCUUUCUUGUGCCGAAGGAGAGCAGAUCAGCUUUCUGUUCGACUGUAUCGUUCGUGGCAUCUCCCCGACGAAAGGCCCUUUUGGGUUGCGUCCAGUCCUACCAGAACCCGCGAGCAAACCCGCCUACAUGGAGGAGAGAGGCAGAAAGCCUUUGCAAUUAGAAAAACGCCUAGCCUACUAAUCCAUUCAAGUCGCACAGGGCAGUGGAGGAGAUGAUAGAAGCCUGUCAAGUUCAUCUUCAGAUACCAGCCAUUCGGACGCUAGUGUUGGGAGUAGGUUAACAAUUUGGCCUGAACAAUCUUCGGCCAGCUCUUCUCAAGAGAGUCAUGGACUGGCAGCUGCAAAGGGCAUUCAUUUUGGGGAAGAAAAAACACUUGCAGAAGGGGCACGUGGCACCACCAAACCACCUCCUAAGCCUCUUCGGUCUAGACAGCUACAGGAAAUAGGUCGUCAGAGUUCUUCUGACAGUGGGAUAGCUACUGGUAGUCACUCUUCUUACUCCGGAAGUUUCUCUUCCUAUGCUGGGAGUCUGGAUAUUUGCCACGGUGAUGAGUUUGGGUCAUUGCUUAGCCUGCCAUUGAACCUUCCUUCAGAUCAGAAUUUAUGUACUUGCCUGCACAGUGAACCCCAGAGGAGCUUGGGGUCAGAAUAUCAGGUUCCUAGCCCUGUCAGACAUAUUUAUGACACACCCAGGAGUUUAUUACAGGCAGCUGCUAUAGAUGUACAACACAAGAGUGCGGAUUCCACCCAACCAAAGGACCAGGACCUAGCACCUCAAGGCAUUAGUGACCCUAAGGUGCUGGUACCACACUCGGAAACACGGAUGGCGCGUGAGCAGAGCCAAGACAGGGGGAGGCAUGCAUCCUUACUCCCAGAAGGCACCAAAGACUCAAGUGAUGAGACAUAUGUGGAUUUUGUUUCAAGGUGGUCAGAUGUAAAACCACAAGGACAGGUGUUAGACUCCAAAAGUAGUGAGUUGGCACCACCUAGUGGAGUCCCAGCUGACCCCUGUGAAAUAUAUAGCCCCCACCCUGGGAUGACAAGAGCUCUCUUUUCAGCUUGUCCAAUCUGUGGUGGACUAAAGGGAACAGCAGUUUUACAGUCUGGAGUCUUACCAGCUCUCCCAGGUGCUUCUUCUGUCAUGGCAGCUUCUGGAUCUCUGAAAGUACAUAAAGGGCACACUCUGCAAGCUGGUCCUAAAGGUGGUUUUGGGUUCAUGGCGCCACCUGCAGAGCUUGGAACUUCUACUGGCCCUGAAGAACCUGGAGGGGCAGUAGGUUAUUCAACAGAUCUACCUGUAUCUGAUCGACCCCACAGUGAGACAACAACUUAUGUUAAUAUUCCUGUCAGUCCUACAUCGAAGAAACAGCUCCACUACAUGGAACUGGAGCUUCAAGAACCUAGCACAGGCAUAAGAGGGGGUGGAUCAACCAAAUAUGCACAGAUUGACAUUGCAGCCACGGAGACAGCCCACAAAGUGGGAACUCAGCACGCUCAAUGCCGUGAGGAACGCCUGCAGGAACUUGAACACAAGAAGAAAGGGUCCCAGGAGUGAUCUGUUUGGGAAAGAACAUUUUGCUCACUGUAACUUGGUACUAAUUUUAAUUUCCAAUGAUUCACAUAUUUAUUAUUUAAAAUAUACUCUUAU